AUGUCCACGCUUCAACUGCCGCCCAGAUAUCGUUUGUACCCAGCAUACUGUUUUCGGGCAUCUCCCACUUAUGAUACCUGGGUGAAGAUCACAGCUGCGGAUGUACAAGCUCUUCGCCUCGAGCCCGACUUCCCAGGCCAGCGCAUUUACUUCCACCUCAACCACCCAAUCCGCUACGUGCGUCUAGUUGGCGCAGUCGUUGCCAUAGAAGACAUCAAUACAAAAUACACGGUCCUGACGAUUGACGACGGCAGCGGUUCCACCAUUGACCUGACGAUCAUCCGCCUCACCCCGGAUACUUACAACCCCGUCGAAUCUCCUUCCAACACCGUAGUUAGCAAUCUCAAUGUCAUCAGCGCACCUGGCGUCUUUCAUGUUACCAUCGAUGACAGCCGUAUAGUUGACAUUGGUACUGUGAUUAAAGCCAAGGGCACGCUUUCUGAGUUUCGGGGGCGUAAACAGGUUGAUUUGAAGAGGGCGUGGGUGGUUUCGACUACGAACGAUGAGGUGAAGGCAUGGGCCGAGACGGCAAAGUUCAAGGCAGAUGUUCUGAACAAGGCCUGGAGAAUCACCUCGGCGGAGCACAAGAAAAUCACGCGUGAUAUGAAGGGCGAGCGACAAAGGGAGAAGGAGUACGAGCGAAAGAAAGAGGCGUAUGAUGCAAAAAAGAGGGAGAAGCGGAAGGCCAGGGAGGAAUAUAUGGCGGCAAGAGAAGCUAGGUAUGAAGCGAGACGGCUUAAAGAGGAAAGAAUAAUGAACCAAGGGGCCCUGAUCUGA